CUAAUGUACUGCCCAGCUGUCAGUUGCCGAUCAAACCCAACUCUCAUUUUCACAAUCCUCCAUCGCCCUCUCCAAGUAAACUGCGAAACCCUCUCAGAGAAUCCAAUAACUUCUAUCUUUUUAUCACAAUUUAGGUGUUUGACAGCUGAUUUAAGACUCUAGUGGCUGUGCCUUUGGGUUUCAUUUAGGAAUUUUCACAAACACCUGUAAAAUGCACGCCAAGACAGACUCCGAAGUCACCAGUCUCGCCCCAUCUUCUCCCACAAGAUCUCCACGCCGUCCAGUCUAUUAUGUACAGAGCCCAUCACGGGAUUCUCACGAUGGAGAGAAAACAGCCACGUCGUUCCACUCCACGCCGGUGCUUAGCCCCAUGGGAUCUCCACCUCAUUCUCACUCCUCCAUUGGCCGCCACUCGCGUGAGUCCUCCUCUAGCAGGUUUUCUGGGUCUUUGAAACCCGGAUCGCGUAAGAUCUCUCCCAACGAUGGAUCUAGGAGUGGUCAGAAAAAGGGACAGAAGCAAUGGAAGGAGUGUGCGGUGAUUGAAGAAGAAGGGCUUCUUGAAGAUGAAGAGCGUGAAAGGGGUAUUCCUCGUCGCUGCUAUUUUCUUGCUUUUGUUCUAGGUUUCUUCGUUCUCUUCUCUAUGUUCUCUUUAAUUCUUUGGGGUGCCAGCAAGCCACAGAAGCCCAAGAUCACAAUGAAGAGUAUAACAUUUGAACAUUUCACCAUUCAAGCGGGCUCAGAUUCCACAGGAGUCGCAACUGAUAUGAUCUCAGUCAACUCCACAGUGAAGAUGAUUUAUCGUAACACAGGAACAUUUUUCGGAGUCCAUGUAACAUCCACACCUGUAGAUCUAUCCUAUUCUGAGAUCACCAUAGCCUCAGGAAACUUGAAAAAGUUUUACCAAUCAAGAAAGAGCCAAAGAUCGGUGGCAAUAUCUGUAAUGAGCAAUAAAAUCCCUCUGUAUGGAAGUGGAGCAGAGCUGAGCAGUUCAACGGGGACAGCCACACUACCUGUGCCUCUAAAAUUGAACUUCAAUGUGAGAUCAAGAGCUUACGUUUUGGGAAAACUGGUUAAGCCAAAAUUCAACAAAAGAAUCGAAUGUGAUGUUACUUUUGAUGCAAAGAAGCUCAAUGUCCCAAUCUCGCUCAAGAAUUCUUGCACAUAUGAUUGAUUGAUUGAUGAUAUGAGCAGCCGAUCAAGAUGAUGAAUUUUACAUUUUGAAUUCCCUUUAAUUAAUUUUUUGUAUCUAUUCAUGGAAUUGAGGAACAGCUACGCUUUGAAUGUGGGUAGGCAAGGACUGGGUCCUGGACUUCUCGGUUGCCCAUUUGCCCCCAUAUGGUGUGGAAACAGGCUGGAAUGGAUUCGGUAGUGACUUGUGAGUGGUAACUUUUCUUUCUAUACAUAUGAAUAUUCUGUUUAUUAAUGUAAAAGCAAGAAAUGAUUUAUCCAAUUAUUACUAUUUCACAUCAUUCUUUGUGAAUUUGUACUUGUUGGUGUCAUGUAAUGUAAUAAUAUUAUUCAUAAAUUUAUAAAAUUUUCUGAAA